AUGGCUACCCCUAGUGUCCUAGCUUUUGACGCUGAGGGUCGCGCCAUUGAUUUUGAGGUCUGGUUAGACGACCUGCAGCUGUUCUUACAGUGCGACAGGGCUGACGACCUUUCUCUCUUUGACCUCACCUCUGGCGCCUCUCCUGCUCCUGCUGCUGAUGCUGAUCCCACUGUCCGCUCUAAGUGGGCCACCCGCGAUGCUGCUGCACGUCUUGCUGUGCGUCGCCACCUCCCUACCUCUGAGCGUGCGCACUUUAGUCAGUACAAGAGUGCGCAGACCUUGUACGACGCUGUAGUUGCGCGCUACUCCUCCCCUGCCACUGCUGCACUGAGCCUCGCGCGCCUCCCUGACUCCCUUCGCGUCGUCAGGGACCACUUUCUCGCAGUCUGUCCCACCACCCUCACCGUCGACCUCCUCGAGAAGGCCCUCCUCGCAGCGGAGAAGAGCAUAGUCGCUGUAGGUGCUUCUCGUGGUGACCCUCGCACCCCCAUCUUUGAGGGGUGCUCUCCUUCCCCCUUGCUGCCCUCUGUUGCCUCUGCUACUGCUGCCGACCUGCUUGGUCUUGAGUCGGUCGGCGCGGCGUCUGCCCCUAGUGGGAGACGUCGCUCCAGCAAGGGCAAGGGGGGCAAGGGCGCGGGUGGAGCUGGAGGGGGCGGUGGCGGUGGCGGCGGUGGCGGCGGAGGGAGUGGGGGUGGCGGCGAGACUAGUGGCGGGGGUGGUGGUGGUGGUGGCAGCAGUGGCGGAGACGGUGCUGGUGGUGCCAGCGGUGGUGGUGGAGGCAGCGGCGGUGGUGGAGGCGGCGGAGGUGGAGGCGGUGGAGGCGGCAGCGGAGGAGGCGGUGGUGGUGGAGGAGGUGGAGCUGGUCGAGGUGGUACCCAGCAGCGUAGCGGCGGUGGUGGUGGCCAGCGCUCGCAGCGGCAGCAGCAGCAGCGCUCGCGGGACAUCCCUCCGCCUCAGCAGCUUCGUGAGUGGUACGCUGGGCGUCAGAGGGGUGGGGGUACUGGUCCCUGCACCUACGUUCUUCGUUCCGGCGACCGCGCGGGUGAGCAGUGUGGGGGUGCCCACGCCACCCAGCGCUGCUUUGGCCGCCUGACGGACGCUUGGCGUCAGCAGUUCCCUGGGGCUAGUGAGAUCCCUCGCUGGGAUGAGCUCCUCAGGGCUGGUGUAGCGAUCUUUGAUCUUGAUUUUGAUGCUAUCCUUGCUGCUAUGUAUGUUGUGGAUUAUAGUGAGGAGAAUGAGGGUUACCGGUGUUUCCAGCCCGACCCGGGCAUUGGUACUGCUGCGCUAGGUGCUUGUGAGGCUGCUGCUCUAGGUGCCAGUGCGUCUGUGCUCUCAGGUACUGGUGAGACUGCGCUCUCAGGUACUGCGUCGUCCUCGUCCUCCCUCACUUUCACGCUUGACUCCGGAGCUUCUCGCUCCUUCUUUCGAGACCGCACUACCCUUACGCCGCUCGGCCGGCCGGUUGCGGUCUCCCUUGCUGACCCCUCUGGGGGUCCUGUCCUGUCUCACUUCUCCACUGUCCUCCCGUGUCCGGCUGCCCCUUCGGGCACCCUGUCGGGUCUGUACCUUCCCUCGUUCUCUACGAACUUGGUGAGUGGAGCGGACCUGCAGGAUGUGGGGGUUCACCAGUUCACUCCUGCGAGUCAGCGGGUGACCCACUGCACGGAGGCACGCACAGGCCGACACCUGGCCACGUUCUCGCGUCGGCCGGGGUCGAGUCUCUACACCCUGACAGUUGAGUCUCCUCCUGUCCCUGCGUCUGGUCAGGUGGCUGCGUCGGGUCAGGUGCUUGCUGCUGCGUCCCGGUCAGGUCCUGAGUCUGCCCCCUGUUCUUGUCGCCUCCUGUCUCACGAGACUCUCCUGUGGCACCACCGUCUUGGCCACCCCUCCUUGCCCCGUCUUCGGAGCAUGGCUUCCCGUGUCCUUGUCUCUGGUCUUCCCCAGUCUCUCCCUCCUCUCCCCUCCGGGCCAGGACCUUCCUGUGUCCCCUGUGUCGAGGGUCGCCUCCGGGCUACUCCUCACUCCUCCCACUUCCCCUCGACAGAGGCUCCCCUGCAUACGCUUCACAUGGAUGUGUGGGGCCCAGCCCCCGUCCGUGGGCAGGGUUACGAGCGCUACUUCCUGUUGGUGGUUGACGACUACUCGCGUUACACCACAGUCCUCCCCUUGCGCAGCAAGGGUGAGGUCACUGAGGUGCUGAUCGUCUGGAUCCGCGAGGCUCGUCUCCAGCUCAGAAAGAGCUUCGGCUCGGACUUUCCUGUUCUGCGUCUGCACUCUGACCGAGGCGGAGAGUUCUCUUCUCGCCUUCUGCGGGACUACUGUCGUGCACGGGGGAUCCGCCAGACCUUCACGCUUCCGGACUCACCACAGCAAAAUGGGAUUGCUGAGCGCCGCAUUGGCAUGGUCAUGGAUGUCGCUCGUACGUCCAUGAUGCAUGCGGCUGCCCCCCAUUUUCUGUGGCCGUUUGCGGUGAGGUACGCGGCGCAUCAGCUCAACCUUCACCCCCGGGUCUCUCGACCUGCGAUGUCCCCAGCCUUGCUGUGGACGGGGAAGGUUGGCGAUGCGUCUGUGUUCCGUGUCUGGGGAUCUCGGGCGUUUGUCCGCGACUUGUCUGCGGACAAGCUGUCCCCUCGUGCUGCUCCCUGUGUCUUCCUUGGCUUCCCCACUGACGCCCCAGGGUGGCAGUUUUACCACCCCUCCUCUCGUCGUGUUCUGUCCUCCCAGGACGUCACGUUCGACGAGUCAGUCCCCUUCUACCGUCUCUUCCCCUACCGCACUCCUUCCCUCCCCCCUCCCCCGGACUUCCUUGUGCCGGUUCCCCCCCCAGUAGACCCCCUCCCCCCUCAGGUUCCUGCCCCCUCAGGUGUGUCCCAGGUAGACGCAGUUGACCCGGUCGAGGUUACUGGUGACUCUGGUGCUGCUGCGGGUGCUGAGCCUGGGGGUGCUGACUCUGGGGGUGCUGUACGCGGGGGUGCUGAGCCUGGGGGUACUACUGCUGGGGGUGCUGGGCCUGAGGGUGCUACUGCGGAGGGUGCGGAGCCUGGGGGUGCUGAGCCGGGGGGUGCUGUGCCUGGAGGUGCUGGGUCUGGGGGUGCUGGGUCGGGAGCUGCUGCACCUGGGGGUGCUGAGCUGGGAGCUGCUGAGCCUGGGGGUGCUGCGUCUGGAGCUGCUGAGCCUGGGGUUUCUCCUGCUGCUGCGUCUCGCCGGGAGCCCCUCUCUCUACAGGAGUUGUGUGAGUGGUUCGCUCGCCGCUGGAGGCGUGCCGCUGAGUCUGGAGGUGCUGCUGGAGCUGGAGCUGGGGCUUCUUCGACCGUCGUGGGUGCGGGUGCUGCCGGUCCCGGAGCUGCUGGACCUGCGGGUCCCCCUGGAGCUGGAGCUGCUGAGGGCGUUGGUGCUGAGCCUACUGCUGUUGGUCCUGCCGCUGGAGGUGUGGGUGGCGCUGGUGCUGUCGCUGAGGGUGCUGGUGCUGUCCCUGCUGAGUCUGGAGCUGCCGCGCGGCCUCGGCCGUACUUCUCGCAGUCCCUGCUGGAGCCUUCCUCUCCACUGCCUGCUCCCUCUCCUUACACUGGUCCUACUGGAGGUCUUGCUGAGCGUCGUGAGCCUGCGUCUCGUCCCGCGUCGCCUGUUCGUGCUGCUCGCGCUAGUGGUCGCAGUUCGCGUCAGCGUCCUCCUCCUGUCCCUGGCACGCACCAGAUGUCUUUGCGUCCGUCCACUGCUCCUUUGCGUGCCCCUUUGCCUUCUCCUCCUGAGUCCUCUCUUCCUGCGCUUGCCGACCCUGAGUCGGACUCUCUUCGUGCUGCCAGUCCUAAUGUCACGCGUCUGCUUGCUACUGUCGUCACUGACCCCUCUUUUGAGUCCACUGCUGCGUCUGCUCUAGUCGCUGAGCUCGUCGACUUUGCUGCUCGCUGUCGUCUCGACUACGCUGCUAUUCUUGUUGCUGAGUCUGCGUCUGUCUGUCCUUUGUCCGUCGGGGGUGAGUGUGCUCUUGGCACGGACGUCCUAGAGGACAGGCAGGAGGAGUUACAGUGUGUAGCGGCUGCUUCACCUCAUCUCGCGUCUGUACUGCUUGCCCCUGAGGGAGACCCGGAUGCACUAGACAUCCCGACUCCGCGUUCUUACGCGGAGGCCGUAGAGGGUCCCUACUCCUCUCAGUGGCAGGCAGCUAUGGAUGCAAAGAUGGCUUCCUGGAAGUCCACAGGCACCUACGUUGACGCGGUUCCCCCUCCUGGGGCGAACAUCGUCAGUGGCAUGUGGAUCUUCAGGGUGAAGCGGCCGCCGGGCUCUCCACCUGUCUUCAAGGCACGGUACGUUGCUCGUGGCUUCAGUCAGCGGCAGGGAGUUGACUACUUUCAGACCUUCUCUCCCACCCCGAAGAUGACUACUCUUCGGGUGCUGCUGCACAUAGCCGCUCAGCGCGACUACGAGCUUCACUCUCUCGACUUCAGCACUACGUUCUUGCAGGGUAGCCUGCACGAGGAGAUCUGGCUUCGCCGUCCACCUGGCUUCACUGGGACUUUCCCUCCUGGCACCCAGUGGAGCCUCCGACGGCCAGUCUACGGUCUCCGCCAGGCACCGCGUGAGUGGCACGAUACACUGAGGACUACGCUUGCGGCUCUUGGGUUUGCUCCUUCUACUGCUGACCCGUCGCUGUUUCUUCGCACCGACACUUCCCUGCCGCCGUUCUACAUCCUCGUGUACGUCGACGACUUGGUCUUUGCCACAGCAGACACUGCUGGACUCGCCUACGUGAAGUCCGAGCUGCUGAAGAGACACACGUGCACAGACCUGGGUGAACUGCGCAGCUACCUUGGCUUGCAGAUCACUCGGGACAGAGCACGCCGCACCAUUACCUUGACUCAGUCACACAUGGUGCAGCAGGUCCUUCAGCGCUUCGGCUUCACGUACUCCUCGCCUCAGGCCACUCCUCUGCCUACUCGCCACUCACUCUCAGCUCUGCCUUCGGAUGAGUCCGUAGAGUCGAGUGGUCCGUAUGCAGAGCUUACCGGAGCACAUGGCUGCAGCGAAGAGGGUAUUGCGCUACCUGUGCAGCACGUCGGGCAUGGGGCUAGUGCUUGGAGGGCGGAGUCCAGUGGUCCUUACCGGCCACGCGGACGCUUCUUGGGCUGA